CACAGAGCCCAGGGAAUGUCAGCCCUGGGCCCUGAGGCUUCUCUGCAAGGAUGGGGAAAGGAACCCAAAAGCCAAAUUCUUCAGGCCAAGAGGAAGCCCUGAAUACCUGCAGUGAUCCAGAGAAAGAGUCCAAAUGUGGGUCCUACAGAACCGAGUCAGACUGGAGAACAUCCCCCAAGGUGCGUGUUCUCCUUGCUCUGAGUGUGUUCCUGGGGAUCCUCAGCUUCAGCCUGGUCGUGGCACUGACUGUUCUCAGUGUGAGACCCCCUUUCCCUGAGCUGGAAUUCUCCCACGUGUGCCCAGACACCUGGCCUGGUUUCCAAGGAAAAUGUUAUUAUUUUUCUGAGGCUGAGGGCAACUGGAGCACGGGCCGGGCAAGGUGUGAGGCCCUGGGAGCUUCCCUGGCCACCAUAAACACCAGGGAGGAACUGGCCUUCCUUCUGCGCUAUAAAGGCGAAGCAAACCACUGGAUCGGGCUGGGAAUGAGGGAUAACGGCUGGGAGUGGAUCAAUGGCACGGCCUUGAACGGCAGGUUUGAGGUGAGGGGUGGGGGGCCCUGUGGGUACCUCGAUGACUGGUGGAUCAGCUCGUCCCUGUGCCACAGGGAGAAGAACUGGAUCUGCAGCCGCCCCGACAACUACAUCCUGUGGGAGGGGAAAUUAAGAGACCCCAAACCGGGACUUUCAACCUAAAUCUCUGACCAGAUGGGGGAGCUUCACCCCAGCACUGCAACUGAAAUAUUCAGGGUGAAUCCAAACAAUCAGGUACAAGGAACCGGUGCUAUCCCCCAUCCUUUGGACCUUUUGAGCAGCACAAGUGUGGUUUGCACCACAGAAAACUUGCUCAAAAGGUUUGCACAAAUGCAACUGGUAUUUAUACAAUUUGCCUUAAACACAUUUUUAUAUGAGUACGACAUUUGUGUAGCCAUAUUUAUAUGAGUACGACAUUUAUGUAGCCAUAUUUAUAUGAGUACAACAUUUAUGUAGCCAUAUUUAUAUGAGUAUGACAUUUAU